GUACCGUCUUUGGACAUCAAUUGGCCAGGCCCCCGAUGCGGUUGGAACAGACGCCGAUAUCAUGGAUCCAGCGUAUGCGGAACGCGAAGGUGCCGCGCGGAAACGCCGGCGAGUCGCUGAAGCUUGUGGCGCGUGUCGAGACCGGAAGACGCGGUGCGAUGGACGUCAGCCCGUGUGUCAGGCGUGUGAGGAUCGAGGCGUUGGUUCGAGUUGUGUAUACAAGAUAAACCGGCGUCGUCGACGUAGGCCAAUGGCAAUACCUUCGGAAUCAGAUCGGGAGUCAAGAAACGCGGAAUGGGUAUCGAGAAGGUCGCAAUAUCUACCAACAGAACAAAGUCAUCCGAGUCUUCAGAGAGUCGUCGACAACAAUACCGCCAGCGACGCGUCUUGCCAACCAUGGUCUUCGACACACAGCGACGGGCUUGCAAUCCUAGCUGGCCGCCAUGAUAACUCCAUUUACGGACCUUCAUCCACUGUAGCGUUCCUUCGCCGGCUGUUAACCAAAUCCAGUCACGAUCCCACAACGCAACCGACCCAUAGCCUCGUAUCAGCACAUAUUCCGGAGCGCAUUCCUCGACAAAACGACGCCAUGGCCCAACUACCGCGGCGACGCAGUGCGGACGAGUUUCUGUUCUGCUACUGGGAAUUUAUCCACCCCACGUUUCCAGUGCUGCACAAGACGACCUUUGGCAAGCAGUAUGAGCAGUUUUGGGCCACCGAGAGCCGUGCCGAUGAUGUAUCUUCAGAUUCCGCAGGGGAGAAUGUCAUCUUCCUAUCGACAAUGAAUCUGGUCUUUGCUCUUGGGUGCAAGUUCAGCAACGCCAUCCCAGACGCUCAAAAGGAAUCCGCCGCUGAUGGGUUUUAUCAAAAGUCGCGGCAGCUGUCCAAUUUCGAUGCUCUGGAUUCGGCAUCGUUGCCAUUAGUUCAGAUGUGGCUCUUGAACGGCAUCUACCUUCAAUCCACCCGGCAUGCCAACCGUUGCUGGAACUCGAUAGGCCUGGCUAUUCGUGUUGCCCAAGGACUUGGAUUGCACGCUGACCUGGACGUCCGCAAGGCAACAUCUCAGUUGGAACGCGAGGUGAGAAGACGGGUCUGGCAUACUUGCGUGAAUCUCGAUCGAUUGCUCGCAAUGACUUUUGGUCGUCCCACCAUGAUUAAUAAAGGCAAUGCGGUUCCACUGCCUGCCAUGGUCGAUGACGAAUUCCUCAGCGAACACGCCGAGGGUGUACAACCCCCUGAGACCCCGUCGUACCUUGGACUCUUCGUCUCGUCAUGCACACUCCUGGAGUUGCUAGAAAAGGUCUUGGAGUUUCUUUCCAAAAAUGAGCACACCCCAAGCUUUGAGAGUCAACUUGAGGCUUCCAAGUAUAGAACAGAGAUGGUAAUGGCUGUCUUGGAUCUGAAUCGCCAACUUGAUGACUUCUCAAUCAGUAUUCCGUCAUACCUCAGGGUUGCGGUUCAAGAGGACUCAGACAGUCCAGAUGCAAAUCGAGUGAUGCUGCAGAAUCACGUGCUGGAUUGCAGGUUUCUCCUCACGAGGUUGCUUCUCUUGCGACCUUUAUUGCUCUUAACGAUAACCAUGGACGAGCCUAAAGCCCGGUUUCCUGACGCCACCGGGCAGUCAAUGCUAACCAACGCCAUGAUCAAACAGUGUUGUGAACUCUGUGUUCAGACAGCGUUUCGACUCAUCGACACCGUUUAUGCGAGCCUCAGAACUCCCUACCGCAGCUCAUGCUGGCAUGCUGUAUAUUUCACGUUCUCCUCAGCGAUCGUCCUGAUGGCCUCGUUGAAAUGCAGUAUGCUUAGUAUUGAAUCAAACCAAGUCGACUUCCAAACUCGGUGGGACCACUGCUUGGCGAUCCUGGAACAUUAUCAAGAUAGGGUGCAAUCAGCUUCUCAUGCGAUUAAUUCGCUGAAGGCAGUCCAGAUGCGCAUCUUCCAAAAUGAUCAUGUCCAAGACGAGCCUUCGAGAGACCUAGUCGGAUCUGAUUUGACUCCGACAUUAGGUGGGAGCCUGACCCCGGCGGCUGGGCCAGAAGUUGGCGAACAUCAUGGCCCAGAUAUGGCGGAUGCAUUUGGUAUGGAUGGAUUCAGCGAGCUGUACUUGAACACGCAGUCGACGGAUAUGACUUGGUUAGAGUUGUUCCAGUUGCAACCUAAUUUAUCAUGACGAAUGUGGGUAGCGGAAAAAUAUCGUUAUAGAGAAGGGAGGAUUGUAACAUUAAAU